AUGGUCGGGCAAUGCAAUAUAGAUACGAAUCCAACAUUAUUAAGACAAAAAUCAGUUGGUGAAACGGUUGUUGUAUCAGAAAUGGCACCUGACGAUAAAGCAGAAUUAUUACAACGAAGUAAAUCAUCGUAUAAUAGCGAUGGUCAUUCGAAUUCAGAUAAAAAAACAGAUACUCAUUCUAAAUUAAAUGAUCAUAGAAAUAUGGUGGCCUCAGCAGAAUACAUUCAUUCUCCAAGUGAUUCCGAUAGUGGUAUCGACGAUGCUCGUGGUGCUGAUAGUGACAAUAUCGUCCAAUUUAUCGAACCACAAUAUCAACAACAAUAUACAAGUCCAAAAUCUGAAAAUGCUGAAAAUUUUGAUAUAAAUAAUUUUUCGUCAAUGACAUGUGAACAACAUGCAGGAAUAACGGCGAUAAUAAACGAUGCUGAAUUAGCUGCAAGCAUCAAAGAUAUUGAUAAAAAAGAUUUUUGUGAUAAUACAGCUACAGUAUUUCAUGGUGAAUUUGCACGUUUAAUAUUGGCAAGAACAUUAAAAUAUGGUGUAGAAUAUGGCGAUUAUCGUCUGAUGUUAUAUGAUCAAGGUUUAAAUGUGAUAUAUGACUGUAAAAAAGUCGAUAAUGCUAAAGCACAAUUUAAAUGUACAAAGUGUUCGUAUGCUUGGACAUCGAUGAGAGCCCGUUGUUUAUUUUAUAUAACACAGCCACAAGUUGGUAUUAUUGCACUACAAUUAUGCAAUCAGAUAUGCUCAAAAUGUCAACAGACAGUUCAACCACUGUGGUAUAUCGAUGAAGUAUGUCGUGUUAUGAAAAAUUUAGCUGCCACAGUAUUUAAAAUAUAUUUUCAAAAUGAAUAUGCUGACUUUAUGGCUACAAAUAGUAGUAAUGACUCAACUCGUCAACGAAAAGGUGCUAUGAAAACAACACAUCGUACGUUAUUAUGUGAUGCAUGUCGAUUGGGCGUGUGUUUUCCACAAAAUACAAAAAAUCUUUAUCAUUAUUAA